GCGAAUUAGCUGGGUUAGCUAGCUAACUAGGAGGGCUGAAGCCAAGUAAGGCCUGUGACCGAGAGGAUCGUGUUCCCUUCCGACAGAAACACGGCGAAAUCAUGGCCAACAUCGCGGUUCAAAGGAUAAAACGGGAAUUUAAAGAGGUUCUCAAAAGCGAGGAGACGAGUAAAAACCAGAUAAAAGUGGACCUGGUGGAUGAGAACUUCACAGAGCUGAAGGGGGAGAUCGCAGGGCCACCUGAUACACCGUAUGAAGGUGGUAGAUAUCAACUAGAAAUAAAAAUUCCAGAAACAUAUCCCUUCAAUCCACCAAAGGUACGAUUUAUCACGAAGAUUUGGCAUCCCAACAUCAGCUCAGUCACAGGUGCGAUAUGUCUGGACAUCCUCAAAGACCAGUGGGCGGCAGCUAUGACGCUGAGGACAGUGUUGCUGUCACUACAGGCCUUACUGGCAGCUGCAGAACCAGACGACCCACAGGACGCUGUGGUGGCCAAUCAAUAUAAACAGAACCCAGAGAUGUUCAAACAGACGGCCAGACUCUGGUCUCAUGUGUACGCCGGCGCCCCCUCCUCCAGUCCAGAGUACACCCGCAAAAUAGACAAACUCUGUGCCAUGGGCUUCGACAAAAAUGCAGUAAUAGUGGCGUUGUCGUCGAAAUCCUGGGACGUGGAGACUGCGACAGAGCUACUGCUCAGUAACUGAGUCUCAACAGCCCCCUGGUCCCAAAUCACCCCCGAACCCAUCUGACCCUCCAUACACACCCUCUCCUUAAGUCUCCCUCCAUCUG